UUGGAGAGCCAGUCGGCGGCGCGGAGGCGGAGGGAGAGGAGUUAGUCCUCCGCUGUUUUACCCCCUUCUAGUCCCCGUAGCUUCUGCCCCGUUUGGGCUUCUGCUUGGGCCCCCCAGGAUCACUCUCAGACUCUACGGGCCCCAAAGCUCCUGCCCCCCAGGCUCCCUGUGCGGAAGGGGCUCCUGAUCCCCAAACCCCGUUCUCGGGCCCCACCUUAUCCCCAAGCUCUUGUAACCCACUUUUCCGCCUCUUUCGCCCCGGCUUCUGCACCCACCCUCGUGCAGGCUCCCCUCCUGCUCCCCAAUUCCGCUGCCGCUCCGCUCCCCGGCCUCCCUUCGGGCCCUCCUCUAGGGCUCCCCAACCCCGUCCCCCUCGUACCUCUCCCCAUUCUGCGCCCGCCCCAAUAGCGGGGCAAGUACUGAGCUCCCUCUAGGUGCCCUCCCCGGGGACCCAGACAGGGACCUGGGGGCCCGAGCCGAAGAUGUCUGGAGACCGGCGGCGGCCGCGCCCUUGGCUCCUGUGGCUGCUCCUGAGGUCGCUGCUCCCGUCCGAGGUGUGGGCUGGACAGUUCUGUCCUGAUGGUCUCUUCCCUUGGGGAGAUCUGUGCUGCAACACCUGUCCCCCAGACUGGGGCACCUCAGAGCCCUGUGGAGAAGCUGAUCUGGAGUGUAAACCAUGUCCUUCCAAUGAGACCUUGUCCCUAGAAGGCACUUCUGAGCCCUGCCAGCCAUGUUGCAGCUGCCCCAUUGGGCAUUUUCUCAACAGCACCAACCACUGCCAGCCAUGCAAGGCCUGUUCCCCAGGCAACGAAGCCAAGAUUCCUUGUGGGAAGGGCACUGACACUGUGUGCCAGCCCUGUCCUCCAGGCACCUAUUCAAAGGAGAGCAGUGUCCAGGAGCCCUGCAAGGCCUGUACUCACUGCAGUGACAGCAAAGUUGUGGUCCUGGCCUGUACCCGCCUCUAUGACACCCUUUGCAUGGAUGAAGAACUGCAUAUCCUUAUCCGUGAUGCAGAAGCCAAGGGCGCAGACUCCAAUAUCUCCUCCACCUUCCCCAUGCCUCCCAAGGAUUCUGGCAUCAUCAUCCCCAUCUAUUGCUCCCUCCUGGCAGCUGUGGUGGUGGGACUCCUAGCCUACGUUGCUUUCAAGUGCUGGAGAACCUGUAAACAGAAACAGCAGCUGGCAAAGGCUCGGAUUGGGGAGCUGGGCAUUGCUGAGGGGGAGAAGCUUUACGGUGACAGCAGUAUCUGCCUGGACACAACGGGGCUCCAUGAACUACAUGGCGUGGGCAAAGAGGUCCAGCCAGAGUCCUGUCGGUGGCGACUCUAUGGGCAGCUCCCCAAGGAGCAACAAGAGGAGGUGGAGCAGUUGCUGGAGGCAGGCAGCCCAUCCAGAGCAGGCUGGCAGGUCUUGGCUAAGCAACUGGGCUACGAAGCUGCCGCUGUAGAAGUGAUGAGCCAAGGCCCAACACCCACUCACACUCUGCUAUGCAACUGGGCCACCGAAGGUGGGGCUGGGGCCACCCUUGAAGUCUUGGAGACAUCACUGAGGGCAAUAGGCCGAGAGGAUGUGGCCAGGGCCCUGUGGAGUCUUGACGAGGCUAAUUCCAUGGUAUGAAUUUAGGGCCCUGGCUCCGUCAAGCUGGGGCUUUCUCUCCCUCCUCUCCUCCACCACUCUGCUUCUCUCAGGGAAACAUGGUUGGCUGCUUUGACUUCAGGGUCCAUGUCCUCUAGACCUCUCUUCCAGCCAGGCUCCUAGUACUAUAGCUCUGUGAGGAAGGCUCAUGAGGCCCCCAUGGCCUGUUUCCCUGGCCCCAGGACGUUGUUCAUAAUGUCCAGUGGACAGGAAUGGGCUUUAGUCCAUUUUCCUGCUCCACAGCGAAGUCCCUUGAGAGCUUGGGCUGGAAGUAGUAAUGGAAGGCCUUCUGACCCUCCUGCCAGGGUGGGAAGCUUCCGAUUCUUUGGAGUAGGAACUAGGCUUAGCGGGAGAGACCUCCAAAUCUUUACCUCUACAACACACCUGGUCUCACCAUUUAUGUUUACAAAUUAAAGGAAAACAUGCCAACGUC